AUGGCUGUUUUCAAAAACUACUACAACAGGAAGUCGCACUGGACGGCGGCGCUCUCGUGCCUGUACCUCCUCUGCAGCACGAUCUCCUGCACCCUGGUGAACGGCGAGAGGGUGAGACACCACCACAUAAAGGUGAACGAGGAGUCCGGGUCCCAAAUGGAAAAAACCCAGAUAGAGGACAGCUCCAAGAACCCGGUAUUGAGCUGUCCGAACUGCCUCUACAAGAACGACAGGGACAGGGAGAAGUCCGAGACGGACAAGCUCAGGUUGGAGGCGAUCAAGAAGCAGAUCCUGUCCAAGCUGGGGCUGAGGCAGAAGCCAAACGUGACACAUAGUCUUCCAAAAGAAAUCGUUUGGGAAACCCUGUACAGGGCGGAGGACGAGAAUAGUGAUUUUUUAAGGAAUUUCGAUAGCGAAGAGAAUUUUUCUACCACUAGCGCUAAGAGUAGUACCAUGGAGACUGUAGACGUUGACGACUUUUACGGCAGGACGUCCGAGAUCAUCUCCUUCGCGGAAGAAGGCUCGAGAGUCAAUCAAAACCGACUGCUAGAAUUCCGAGCGACGGUGGAAUCCGGUCAAGUAGGCCAGGAAUUCCGUGUGAGGGCGGCCACCCUCUGGCUGAAGGCGGAUAUCCUGCAGCGAGGGCCCACCAAGUGCAGGAGCACCGACAUUUUUGUCUUCAAAAUCAUAUCCAAUAGGUUACCGGAGUCUGUGACGCUCAGUUCAAGGCAAUUCGACCGCGUGACGGCGGACCCCACCUCCAUCACCCUGGACGAGUCCAACAGCGGCUGGCAGAAGAUCGACCUCACCGACACCGUCCGCACGUGGCUGACCGAGUCCAGCAAAGAGAAGCUGCGCCUCUUCGUGGACUGCAGCUGCUGCUCCAACUGGCACAUCCACCUCUUCAACAACGAGAGGGACAAGCGGUCGAACCCCAACCGGCCCUUCCUCGUCAUCCACACUGACCCCAACACCGCCAAGAGAGUGAGGAGGAGGGCGAUAGACUGCUCCGUGGACUCGGGCAACCAGUGCUGCAAGCAGAGGUUCUACGUCAGCUUCAAGGCCUUGGGAUGGGACGACUGGGUCAUCGCUCCUCAAGGAUACUACGCCAACUACUGCAGAGGCGACUGCGGCCACCACAGGACGCCAGACACUUACGUCACCUACCACACCCACGUCAUCGAGGAGGUGAGGAAGACGCAACACCUGUCGGGCAUGACGCCGUGCUGCGCCCCCCUCAAGUUCUCCAGCAUGAGCCUCAUCUACUACGGUCCCGAUUCUACGAUAAUAAAGAGGGACUUGCCCAAGAUGGUGGUUGACGAGUGCGGUUGCCCGUAA